AUGAUACCCAGCUCCAACCCAGCCUCGCAGGUCGACUUGGAUAUGGGUGAGGCCCUCUGGCUUCUGGAGGAAACCAGAAAAGAGCUGGGAUGUGACCCCUGGGAUGAAACUUUCAGCAAGGUCACAGGGGAACUGCUGAACCCAAGAGACCAGUCCAGGGAUAUCUACAUAAAGGAGGAGGUGCUGUUUGUCGAUCAUCUGCGGUGCUUCGUACAGCGGUUGCCACAGUUGCACACCAUGCUGGACAGACUGAGGACCCUGGCUGUGCCUGACCCCCUGCUGACCCCCCCUGGGGUUGGCCUCUCGGAGGAGAUCAUCUUCAGGUAUUGCCUGCCACUUGUGGCGUCCAUGGCCACAAAUAUGGAGAGGUGUGGCUCAGGUUUCCCGGAAGAGUUCAGCCGUGUGUCUGCACUGAACGAAGAGUCUCUGAUGUUGCCUGAGGAGUUGGAAUCCUGUCAUCUGAAGAUACCAGACCACACCUUUCCCCUUAGGGACCUUCAGGAGUCAUUUAGAAAGGUCCCAGAGUCAAUGGAGGACACCCUGUCCUGCAUGGACAUGCUCAGGAAUGAAAUGCCUGCCAGACUCAGGUUGUCUGCUGAAAUAUGCUGGUACGAAAUGUCCAUCGGAAUUCCAGGGAGCAAUCUCAGAGGCGGACGGCUGAGCUCACUUGACCCCUCACCCCCAGUUAGGUGCAGGUUGUACCCCCAGAUUGAGGCAGAGCAGCCCCUCAGCACUCCGUUCCCGCCCCUGCCCCCUCUGACCCAGCUGUCCCGUGCCGAGCUGCCAGGGGAGCAGAUGUCCCCAGUCUACAGGCAUUGCUUGGUGUCAGAUAGUGCCAGGGAGGAGAUGGAAGAAUCCCUGUGGAAUGCAGAAAAGCACCUCUGUGUCGUGCUGGGCCUCCUGCUGGCAGAACCUCAGGUGUCUGAACCUGUCCUGCAGUACAGUCCCAUCUCAGAAGCACUUAAAACAGUGACAGCCGAGGGGGUGACCCAGCUUACUGGCACCGGGGAAGAGGGGGACCAGACGCACCUCAGUCUGCAGGCAGCCCUUGCGGGACUCACCAGCAGUCUGGGUAACUGCUGCUCAGAAGCUCUGGAAAGUUUGACCCGGGAUCACUUUGAGGUGGCAGAAAUGAUGGCUGCAGAGUGCUCUGACACCACAGAGUCAGCAGCAACCUUAGUGGAAAACUUCUCACCAUUAACAUUCAGCCAGAUAGACAGUGUUUUGAGAAAAUAUCGUGAUGAUGCCGAAUCUCCAGGGUCGCCCAUGAUGGCUGCUCAGGGCAAAGCCCAAUUUGCCCCUGCACGUGUGACAUGGGCACCAGAGCCUUCCUGUCAGGGGGUCAACCGAGCAGAAGGGAUUGUCGCUGCUGUGGAAGUGCCCCUCAGUCAAGGGACGGAGCCUAAACUGGCAGGGGAGAGUGGGGCAGGGGUAGAGAGAGACAAAGAUAGACUGUCUUUAGCAACGCAGGAGCACGAGCGUGCUCACAAACCCACCCCCACAAGACCGCCAGUUAAAGCCCCACCCAGCAGCACACCCCAGGACGACCUAGACCCCCUCUCCACCUUCAUGAUGCUGAGAUCCCAGUCGAAGGCUGCGGUCUCCACCCCAACCCAGAACGCCUCCCUUGGAGGCCAGACAAGGCCAGAGCCUAAGAUGGAGCUAGAACCCAAGGAACAGCCAAAGCCAAGGGCAGAUCUGAAGCCUAUCUGUGUGGGCUCAACAAGCAGAGGAAGUGAUGUCAAAGCACAGGAAACCAGUGGUCAGGUGACUACUGGGGGCAGAGGAGACAGCCAGAUCAUCCAUGUCCAAGUCUCGGAGAGCCAGUGCCAGGCCUACGGGCUACUGAAGGCUACGGCAGCCCCGUUCAUCGCCAGUGCCAGGGAGCUGGGGCCGCGCCCCUCCACCUGGGGGGACUUCAGGUCCCUCUCCUCGGACCGCACCCGCUUCCUCCUCAAGCAACAGGAGAGGGAGCUGAACGACAGUGUGAGGCGAGGGGAAACCAGUGAGAAAAAGUCACCUCUCUACAAACAGGUGGCUCUGAUUCACCUGCUGGUGACAGCAAGAGACCUGCUGCUCAGAUGCGACCUCAACACUGCUGUGGACUACCUGACAAGAGCCAAAGGCACAAACAUGGAUGCUUGUUUGCCCCAUCUUUGGAUUAAGUUGAGGGUGGUACAGUACCUCAGCCAGAAGAGCAAGGAGCCCAAUCCCAAAAUAGUAGAACUUCAACAGCAGAUGAGGGCGUGGCUGCAGAAGAACAGAACUCUAAGGCCCUGCCCUAAAGCAGUUGUGAUAACAACAGUGGAUUUUGACUGUGUAAGAGCCUUGCUUGUUAAAAGCCUCAGUCAAGUAACUGGUGCCCCAGUGUCUGCUGUGUGUCCUGAGGGGAUGAGCAGUAAGCUGGACAGCAGGACAGUGAUGGAGAGCCUGCAAGGAGGUUGCUGUGUGGUCAUCUGUGGUCAGCACAUUGGACCAGACUUCCCCUGGCAGUACUUUUCUCUGGUGGUGGAGUAUGACCAUGUCGACCCCUCCGUCUGGGCCACAGUCUGCAGAGAGAGGAACAUGAGUCACAUGACCUUCAAAACCACAGUCCCUGGCUCUAUGGACGCAGACCCCUCCCUUGCACCCCUCUCCUUUGAGAAAAACAUCCCCUUUGUGCUGCUGGUGACAGAGGGCUUGGCGAACUUUGGCUUGUUCCUGCAGAUGCUGGAAUCUGUCCACAGCAUCACUGUGCUGGAGAGGGACCAUCCGCAUUCACUGAAGAUGCUGGGUGGGACUCAGCGCUACUCUGUGAUCACAGUGGAUGAGAGAACAGCAGUUGUCAUUCAGCAUCUGGAGGAGCUGUGGAUGGAGCAGGCGUCAGAUAGCUUCGUACUCAGAAUGACAGCCCUGGCACUGCAGUAUAACUGCUGCUGGGUCAUCUUCCACGGCGCUGAGGGACAGGACGCGAGGUAUAACUUUAGCAGUGAGGUCUUCAACAACCUGGUGUUGAUCUACUCAGCUUUUGUGCUGUUUGGGCUGAAGUCCGAGGACCUGGAUGUCAAGGUGCUUAUCACAAGCGAGGCUGAGGAGUUGGCCGGGUGGAUUAGCCAGAUCGCUUACCACACACUCAUGUCUUCCGGAAGAGACCCCCUUGUCUGGCUUGACAGAGACUGGCUCCUGAUGGCACCCUCAGAGGAGGAAAGGUGCCUGGUGUCGUUCCCCUCCGUCAGCCCCCUGGUGGCACAGCUGAUGCUGAGGAGGGCCCCCGGCCUGAAGUGGCUCCUAGGGGCCACACAUCGUGAGCUGCAGGACCUGCUGCCAGAGGUCCCUCACAAAGUCAUCAAGCUUUUCAGUGACACCACUGCCCUGUACAAGCUGGACUCCUCCCGCUCCCCCCCCGAGUCCCAAGAUGAGCACAGUGACCCCUGGGGCUCUGGCGUGGAAGACCCAGGGCUGUUCAUCGACCACCACACAAGCCCCUUCCAUGGGUCUCCCUGUCCUGACGUGGGAAUGGGGGGCUACUCUGCUGAAGGUGCCAUAGAGAGGCGGGACACAUGGCCUGUGGGGGGUGGGUGA